AUGGGUUUUAUUCAUCGUGAUAUUAAACCUGACAAUUUAUUACUGGACGCAAAGGGUCAUAUUAAAUUGAGUGAUUUUGGCUUAUGUACAGGUUUGAAAAAAGCUCAUCGAACAGAUUUCUACAAAGAUUUAUCUCAAGCUAAACCAAGUGAUUUUUCCUCUGGUCGUGCAGACUCCAGGAGAAGAGCUGAAGGUUGGAAUAAAAAACGACGAAGAUUAGCUUAUUCUACUGUUGGAACACCGGAUUAUAUUGCACCUGAAGUAUUUCAGCAUCAUGGUUAUACAAAUUCUUGUGAUUGGUGGUCACUUGGUGUUAUUAUGUAUGAAAUGCUGAUAGGCUACCCACCGUUUUGUUCAGCUACACCACAAGAAACGUAUAAAAAAAUUAUGAGUUGGAAAGAGGCAUUAUUUUUUCCACCUGAAAUGCCCAUUAGUAAUCAUUCAAGAAACUUGAUACAAUCUUUAUGUUGUGGGGCAGAAACACGUUUAUCAAUUGACUGGGAGCAUAUACGUGAACGACCUGCAGCGAUUCCAGUGAAUAUACGUUCAAUCGAUGAUACUAGUAAUUUCGAUGAAUUCCCCAAUGCUGAUUUAAGUUGGCCUAAUGUUACAGAUCCUAUGAAAAGCUAUCAGAAAAAUUUAGCUUUCAUAAAUUAUACUUAUAAGGCAUUUGAUGGUUGGACAAAUAACGACCGAAUAUUAGAUCGUCAAUUAUAUCAACAACAAAAAUUUCAACGUCAUCAAACUGCCUUAUCAUCUAGAAGUAGUAUACUGUCCGAUUUAACUGGAAUAAAGAAUAAAUCUUCAACAUAA